GGAAUGGAAUAGCAAUUUGUGACUACUGUUAUCCAGUUAGCGAAUAUCUACAUGGUGUGCGUAAAAUGCUCCUGAAUGUUUGUAAUAUACACUUUGAUACUUGUACUGUCAUCACUGCCACUAACUCAUUGUGUUACUGAUUCGUCAACAAAGUUCCCAGAACCAAAGAAUGACUCACGAGUCCUCGUUUUCGAAUCGUCCUCGCUCUUUCUAGUCCUGAAUUUCGACAACUUCAUUCCGAAGAACUGUGCCUAUAACGUAGACCGAUUAGGAAUGCUUGACAGCAGUCUGAAUUAUCAACUUACAAUUUCGGACUGUGAUUGGAGUAUGGAUUUGUUGAGGUCAUUAAUUGAGGAUUUGGACCUUCAAUUUUAUAAUAACCAUGAUUCGGUUCUGGAGCGGGAAAAGCGAACUCCGACUGCGGAAGACCUUAUCAAGUUUGAAGAUCAGAAUCGACUCAGGUUGGACAAUAUCACGGACCCCGAGUUUGGAAACCAGUGGCACUUAGUCAAUAGAUUAGUGCCUGGCAAUGAUGUGGAGUGCUGGGAGGUGUGGGAAGCAGGCAUUCUGGGAGACAACACUCACGUCGCCAUCAUUGACGACGGAGUGGAGUGGCAGAACCCAGACAUCCAAGACAACUUUUGUUGGAAAUGCAGCUAUGAUCUCAACGGAGAAGAUGGGGAUCCAACACCUAGACUGGACAUUGAGAAUGGCAAUCAUCACGGGACACGGUGUGCAGGGUUGAUUGGAGCUGUUGCAAACAAUGUGUGUGGCGUCGGCGUUGCUCCCCGCUCCAAAAUUGGAGGUAUCCGCGUGCUUGAUGGAGUAAUCACUGAUGCAUUAGAAUCCCGUGCUUACCAUGUUGGGUUUCAUAGCAACGAUAUCUACAGCUGUUCCUGGGGUCCAAAAGACAAUGGAACAGUUAUUGACGGCCCUCAUAAACUCACCAAGGAGGCCAUGAUUUAUGCGGCCAAUGUGGGACGCAAUGGAAGAGGUGCUUUGAUUGUGGUAGCAAGUGGCAACGGUGCUUCCUACGAAGACUCCUGUGCAUUCGACGGAUACGCCUCCUCUGUGUACACUCUAACCAUUGGUGCCAUUGACAGUCAUGAUCAAGUUCCUGGUUACUGCGAGAGUUGCUCUGGUCUGCUGGGUCUGGCAUACAGUGGAGGAGACUCGUAUACCGUUCCUUUCAGUCCUGGAGUGACUACUACUGACUGGUUGUUGGGUCUAGGAACUGGGUGCACCGAUUCGUUUUCUGGAACAUCAGCGUCUGCACCCCUAGCUGCUGGCAUAUACAGUCUCGUUCUCGAAGCGCGUCCUUGUUUGAUUGUGCGCGACGUGUUCUGGAUAACAGCAUUAACUAGUCGACAUGUUGCAAUGAUGACAGCCGAAGUGAGCGAACCGUGGUCAUUGAAUGGAGCUGGGCUGUACCACACGAACAAACACGGUUUCGGAAUCCUAUCUGCAACUAGACUGGUCAAAGCGGCUUUGGUAUGGCCCGGAGUUCCCUGGAUGACGAUAUUUUCUACACCGGUUUUGAAUGGAGAUGGUGAUUUGAAAUUCACAGUUCACGAUGAGCUAAAAGUCACCUACAACCUAACUGAAGAAACGGCGAGUGAGUUCUACUUAUACACUAUAGAACAGGUCGUCCUGACUAUCAAGGCCUGGGCUCCAGCGAGAGGCGCUAUCUCAGGGGUGCUGACUUCCCCAGCAGGCUCCAAAUCACGUCUAAUACCCACUCGCAAGAACGAUUUAGAUGAGCAACUUUUGCAGUUCAACUUCAACUCUCUGCAUUUCUUUGGCGAAUCACCCGUGGGUGCGUGGAAGCUUACCCUAACUCUUGAACCGUUCGCUAAACACGGUCGUAUCUCACAAGGAUCCAUAUCAGAUUUUCUUGCCACUGUAAAGGAGACGCUGGGAUUUGGAUCUGAUGGUGCUUGUCUGGAUAAGUAUGGAGAACAGUCUAAAACAUGUGCAGUCCUGCAUUACUGGAGAUUGACUUUUCAUGGGUCACCACUGCCUCACGAGGAAGUUGCUAAGAGAAUCAAAUUGGUGGAGGAAGCGCAGAGUUUGGACAUUGAUGACCUGAAGACGCUAUCAAUGAACUUGACCUGCAGUCAGCGACUGAUUGACUUCGGCCACAACGAACAUCUCAUUCCUUAUUACGUUCUUAAGACACUCUGCCUGCUUGAACUGUUCAUUGGACUUAUGGGUGUCUGGAUAAUACUAGAAGAUCUGGUCAUUCCAAUGUGCUGCUGUGUCGAAGAAGACGAGAACGAAAACCUACCCCUCCUCCCCCACCAAGCAGAACCGGCAGUGUCGGAAGGAGAAAAGUUGCGGGGUGCAUGCGAAGACAGGGUAGUGCAUUGUUUGUCGUCAGUGAAGUCUUGUUGUAAUAGAUUAUGCGCAGGAAAACUUAACAACAGAGUAUCUCAAGUUGUGAAUGACGAAGAACUCCUUCCACUUUCACCGUCAUAACCUUUUAUGUAAUUGACUGUGCACAUCAAACGUAGCCUUGUCAUCUUCGCAGAACCUUUCUUAACGAGGUCUCAUAGCAGUAUCUUAAAAUAAAGGCCAUUUUAUUAACAUAGGAGCUUUUGAGCUCUUUGCGGAGAACUGCUGUUGUGACCGCAAUGAAAAAUUUUGCUUUUUUGGUUAAUUUACUGUGUUUACACGAACCUAGCGUAGUGUGAUAGUACGAUGCAUCUUUUUUUUUUUCAACCAAAAUUGCAAUUAAAAGUUCCACUUUUUAGUGGAACUUAUGAGUUAGUAGGUUAGCAUUAGGUUACAUUUGAUUAGCAAUAAACUAACACAGAUGAUGCUUUUUUGAUUCUUCAAUUGAAACCGAACAAAGCUGUUUUUAAUAAAGCUGUUUAAAAAUCAUUUAAGAAAUUUUCCAAUUCGAAUUACCUCGCGAGUUUUUUGAAAUGCUAACGCAAUUUAGCUUAAUACACUAAUUGAUUGCAUGCAAAGUUAGCGUGGUUGUCUUCAGCUUACUACUUUCAAUAUAUUACUUGAAAAUUUGUCAGUUGUUGUGCUUUUUAAUGCUCCUGGAGGCUUUGUCUCUGUGUGAGAAAUGUUGCUUCACACUCAGGCAACUGAUUUGAACCGCGUGGUUCCAGUUGGGAUAAGAAUAUUUAUAUGACAAGCUAAUCUGCUGGGCUCUGAAAUUUGAGACUAUAUCUCAAAAUUUAUUUCCAGCAUUAAUUAAUAAACAUGAAAGUAGUGAAUACUCUUAUAUAGGUCUUGGUGAAUUUUUUCCUUGUUUUUGUUUUCAGGAAAAAUUAAUUAAGCUUGUUCACGCUAAAGUUUGAUUUUUUUUGCUGUUGGACUUUUGAUUUCUUUUUAAAUCCAUUUCUUUUUUUUUGUUGGAAGGAAGGCAAACUCGACUAUUGAAUAGCAAAAGCUCAAAGGUCAAAUAAAGGUCUAGUUUCGAAUUGGUAUUUCAAUUAUCAGAUUUCCCAGCGGAGUAAAAAGCUAACUGGAACCAGUUUAAAACAAGUAUUUAUAACCAAUUAUAUUCUUGAUAAAACUAUCACGAUAAAAUAUUCCUUUCUAACCAAUCAUGAUCCAUAACUAACGCUGACAAUUAUUUGUAGUGCUGAAACUUUUUGUAGUUUCAGCAACAGAAGAAUUUGAACAAAUCUUAGAAGACAGUUGUUCUCCUUUGGAACAAGUUCCAUAAACCUAACUCGCGAAUACCAUUAUACACUAGAUCUAUUGCGACUAGGAGAUAUAAGAGUAUUAAGAUUGGUAUUAGACUAAGAAGUUGCACGAAUAUCCUGCCGAAAAUAAGAUAGCGUGACGAACAGACGGUGUGCCUUAUUUGAAAUUACUCUAUGAGUAUGAUACCUCUAGCAAUAACUCAUAACCUAUUGAUCCGUUUU